UUGAGGCAUAAAAAAUUGAGAACUGCCAAGCGUGUAACGCGAAACUAAACAUGGCGCAAGGGUUGUCUCUGGUUUCGCCUUUCCCCACAGAACCUCAGAAAUCUUCGUCUUCUUCCAUUCUGUUGAAGCUUCCCCAUAGAACUCGCAGCACCAACACAUCCAUUCCCACCACUAACAAAGGUCCUGCCAACCGUUCUCUAAAACCCCAGAAGCUGAAUUCAGAGAUUUCUCCUCAUAGAGCUGUGUCAGCGGUGAGGUUGAUGCGGAUUGAGUUUGGUGGUGCUUUUGCUGACCUUCUCAACGAGAAAGGGAAAGGUUCGGGUGAAAAUGAGAUGGGUUAUGUUCAAAGAACGCUUGGCUUUCGAACCCGGGAAUUAAAUCACCACGACCUUAGAUUGGUUACCGAUAUUGUUGGGGGCACAAUUCGUUGGAGAAGAUACCUUGAUCAUUUGAUUAGUUCAUUAUGUCAUGAUAAAGAUAUAUCUAGCAUGGAACCUCUUCUCUUACAGAUUCUACGAAUUGGCUUCUAUGAGAUUGUCAAAUUAGAAAUGCCACCUUAUGCUGUUGUAGAUGAGAAUGUUAGGCUUGCAAAAACUGCGCUCAGACCAGGUGCUGGCAACAUGGUCAAUGGAAUCCUGCGAAAGCUAGUUGUGCUCAAGGAAAAUGAAACUCUUCCUUUGCCCAAAGUGGAGGGCGAUGAUCGUGCUCAAGCACGGGCUCUGGCAACUCUCUAUUCACAUCCAGUUUGGAUGGUAAGGAGAUGGAUAAAGUGUCUUGGCCAGGAAGAAGCCAUUAAGUUGAUGAUAUGGAACAACAGUGAACCCAGUUUCAGCUUAAGAGCAAACAGUGCUAGAGGAUUUUCAAGAGAUGACCUUGUGACACAGCUUAAUGCUUUGAAGGUCCCCCACAAGCUUUCAAUGUAUUUGGAUGAAUUUGUUCGUAUCAAAACUGGGUUGCAGAUUAUCAUUCAUGCUGGCCUACUCAAAAAGGGUUUAUGCUCAGUUCAGGAUGAGAGUGCAGGUUUAAUAGUUUCUAUUGUGGAUCCUCAGCCUGGUGAAACUAUUGUUGAUUGUUGUGCUGCUCCUGGUGGAAAGACCCUCUACAUGGCCUCUCAUUUAAGUGGCCAAGGUAUGAUAUAUGCUGUUGAUGUAAAUAGUGGCAGGUUGAGAAUUCUUAAAGAGACAGCAAAGUUGCACCAAGUAGAUGGUGUCGUUACCACCGUACAUGCUGAUCUCCGUACAUUAACUGAGGAUAGCGGACCACUCAAAAGUAACAAAGUUUUGUUGGACGCUCCGUGCUCUGGACUUGGUGUUCUUUCAAAGAGAGCAGACCUACGUUGGAACAGGAAGCUGGAGGAUAUGGAACAACUGAAGAAAUUACAAGAUGAGCUCCUGGAUGCUGCAUCCAAAUUGGUAAACCCUGGGGGUGUGUUAGUUUACAGUACAUGCUCCAUAGAUCCUGAAGAGAAUGACGAGAGGAUAGCAGCAUUUCUUGUAAGACAUCCAGAUUUUCAUAUUGACCCUGUAGACAGAUAUGUUCCACCUGAUUUUGUGACACACAGUGGUUUCUAUUUCUCCAACCCAGUAAAACAUUCACUGGAUGGCUCAUUUGCAGCACGUUUGGUACGAGAUUCAUAAAACGAAUUUCAGGGAAAGCCUUGGUCAUUCCAUCCCCAGUUGGAUGACAUCAAUGAAAAAGAAGAGGCUGCUGAAGUUGCUUAUGUGCUGGUCUGUCUCUCCAAUGCUUCAUGCUUUGAAAUCAAGCACGUGCCGUCAGUAGGAUGAUACUUCACCUCCAUAUCAGACCUUUUGAUUUCUCUUCCCAUGAAAGGUUUAUAGAGGAGAUUGCCAGUGAGUUCUCUUUCAUCAGGGGCUUUCAUAAGAUGAUGAGUUUAUGAUAGAGAUUUAUGAUAGAGGUAGAGGUAGAGUUAGAGAAUGCUUGUAAUCCUCUUCAAAAAGAGAGACUUUAGAUUUCUUUCAUAUUUGUUGAGAGUUUAGAGAUAUUGUAAACUAUCCUUGUGAAAUGAGAUUGAGAAAAACACUUGCUUUGGUUAAAAGAGGUAUUGUAUUCUUAUUUCAUAAUGAAGAUAAUUUUCUAGACUUCA